AUGGAUUAUGGGCAAUUUGGUAAUGUUGUAACUUUCGACACUACUUUCAAGUUAAAUAGUACACAUAGACCAUUUGCGUUUUUCGUUGGAUUUAACCAUCAUAGGGAAACUGCUAUAUUUGGCGCAGCUUUGAUGUAUGAUGAGAUUACUGAUUCUUUUGUAUGGCUUUUUAGAAGAUUCUUGGAGGCAAUGUCAAGUAAGGCUUCGAAAACAAUUUUUAUGGAUCAGGAUGCUGCGAUGGCUAAGGCCAUACUUGCUGUCAUGCCUAACACAAAACACCACCUUUGCACGUGGCAUUUGAUGCAAAAUGCAUUAAGGCAUGCAAAUUCUACCUUCAAGGAUAAGGAGGUGAAAGAUAAGGGGAUGAAGAGUGUUUUAUCCAAAUUUAUGUACAACAUUGAGGAUGAGAAUGAGUUUAUGUUAAAAUGGAAGGAAAUGCUUGACAAGUAUGAAGAGCAAGAUAAUCAUUGGUUGAAGUUAACAUUUGGGAUCAAGGAAAAUGGGGCUGGCCAUAUGUUAGAAAUGCCUGGCGAUGAGUAUGUCAAGUCCCUUGAAGUAAACAUUGAAGAAACUGAACAUGAUGGUGAGAGUACCGUUUAUACUAUUCUUGAUAGCAAUGAUGUAAAAGUGAGGAAGACGAAAGUGGAGUGUGAUGGUUCACUCACUUGCAAUUGUAGGAAGAAGUUUGGAAUGAAGGGCAUUUUGUGUAGUCAUUGUUUGAAGAUCCUUAGAGACACCUUCAAAUUCAAAGAGAUUCUUUCCCAAUAUAUUCUCAAGAGAUGGACUAAAAAAACAUUAGCUGAAAAUGUGAAAGAUAGGUGUGGGCAUGAUAUUAAGGUUGAUGCAAGAUUGCAUCAAACUUCACACUAUAGAUCAUUGAUGGCAAUGUUCAGAGCAAUAGCGUGUAAAGCUUCUGAAAGUGAGGAAACAUAUAACUUGACGGUAGAGAAAGCAGUUGAAUUAAUUGCAAACAUUGAAAGCAUGUUAAGCGCAAAAUUCAAUAUGCCUUUUUCAAAUACUAUUGAACAAGAAAGCCCUCCUGACACAUGCUCUAAAAGCUUUGAAGUGGAUGGUGUAGCGGAUACAAAUCCAAGUUUUCUUCGUCACAAUAUACCUUUUUCAAUGCCAUUGAUGUAUUCCGUCCAUGGAAGCUAUCAAGCAUUGCUUAACAAUGCAAGCGGUUAUGACUCGCAAGCCUCGAAUAGUCCUGCAUGUAGUCAAGUACUAUGUGGGCAUGGGCGUGGUCGUGGUUGUGGCCGUGGCCGUGGGCAUGGGCAUGUGGAUCACAUGUCAAUAUCUUAG